CGGAUUGGCUGUUGGUGGGGUCGCGAGCGCAGUGGGAGAAGCGGGUGAGAGCGCGGCUGAGCGUGGCAGUGGUGACGGUAGCUGCUGAGCCUGUCGGGCUGCCCGCGGCCCGUCGGGGCGGGAGCGGCGCGUGAGGGGAGAGCGGCAGCCGGAGCCUCGCCGGUGUACGUCGCCUUCAGAGCGGUGAGCCCUGGCGGCGGGAAGUGGGGUCAGAAGGACUAUGGAACCUCUGCAGCCCUGUAGAUUUGGAAGGCUUAAAUCCAGAUUUGGAAGAACCCUUUCCAGUCCAGAUGAUUCGCUGGUUUAAGAGCUUAAUGAGGAUGAUUUUUGAACAAGUUGGACUUAACAUGGAAUCAGUACUUUGGUCAAGCAAGCCUUAUGGUUCAUCUCGGAGUAUUGUGAGAAAAAUUGGUACUAACCUCUCUCUAAUACAGUGUCCAAGAGUUCAGUUUCAGCUCACUUCUCAAGCCACAGAAGGAAAUCAUCCUCAUCAAUUUAGAGAAGAUGCAGUGGCUUCUUUUGCAGAUGUGGGAUGGGUUGCUCAAGAGGAAGGUGAAGUCUCUACAAGGCUCAGGUCAGAAGUGUGGUCAAAAACAGCCCAGCCCCUUUCAGGUGAACUACAUGGAAAUUCCCUAGGCAGACCAGACUCCAUACCAAAUGUGUUACACGAAGAACCAGCACCCAGAAGCACAGUAAUUGCAAAUGAAGAAGCUCUGCAGAAGAUCAGUGCUCUGGAAAAUGAACUUGCCACUUUAAGAGCACAAAUAGCCAAAAUUGUUAUCUUGCAAGAACAACAGAAUCUAACAGCAGCUGGGCUAAGCCCUGUUGCCUCGGCUGCUGUUCCUGGUGUGCCACCACCGCCGCCACCUCCUCCCCCUCCACCGCUCCCUCCCCCAGCUCCGCAGCAAAGCAUUUCUGCCAUUGAGCUCAUCAGAGAACGGAAACACAGAAAAGCAAACUCUGGACAGAUUCCGACAGAAAAUGGGCCGAAGAAGCCUGAAAUACCAAACAUGCUAGAAAUCCUCAAAGACAUGAACAGUGUGAAACUACGCUCGGUGAAAAAGUCACCAGGAGAUACAAAACCAAAAGCAGCUGACCCCACAGAUCCUGCAGCCUUAAUAGCAGAAGCACUCAAGAAGAAGUUUGCUUACCGAUACCGAAGGGAUAGCCAAAGUGAAACUGAAAAAGUAAUUCCCAAGACUGAAACUAAGACAAAGACUGAAGUGGUGCUGUUUGGACCGCACAUGCUGAAGUCUACAGGAAAAAUGAAGACUUUAAUUGAAAAAUCUUAAUGUUCCGAGAUCACUACAUGAAAGACCGUCAAGCUGCUUUGUCUGAAGUCUCCUGUGUUGCAAAUAGCAUUAGGACCAAGUGGUCUUACGCAAAGCUGAAGAAAACUGAUGUGGAACUAAACAUGAAGUUUGAGGUGCAUGUUUGCAUGUGAUUUACCACAAGGAAUAAAUUCGACCUUAUACUCAGGUAUUAAUUUUGUAUUCAAACCUGGCUUUCUAUAUAGAUUUACAUGUUGGUUUUUGUUCAGUAACACUGUUAUCUCUACGACAUUCCUUGUGUAUAACUGCCUGCCUUAAAACAUUGUGUACAUGUUAAUAAUGACGGCGAUAUACCCUUACGUUAAUCACUCAUUUGAGCUCUAAUGGUAACUUGCACUACCGUGUUUACUUUGAUACUGACUUUUUCCAUGUCAGUGUUUCUUUUAAACUUCAUUUUAGGAAUUUUUUUAGUCCCCCUCCCCCAAAAAACUGAGUACAGCUGCUUCAUUCUGAAUCAAAAAACUGAAAUCUGCUGCAGAAGUCACUUGGUGUGAGAUUUUUAGUAGCAGCACAGAGUUGCAGUGGUAAGAUAGCAGUACUUACCAUCUUGUGGCCAGCAUACAGAGUGCUGUGCUGUAGGGCCCUCAAUGCUGGUAUUGCAGCAAACCUGAACUACACAGGAGGUAGCAGCAAAGUGAAAGGAUUACUGUCAGAGCACGUGUUAGCCAGAGCAGCAGUGGUGUAGAUAAAAAGGCAGAAAAUACCAGGGGGUGCAAGUUGCCAAAAGUAUAUCGCUCAUCUCAGCUGUGCUAAGAGAUGGUUACAGACACCUUUCAUUCCCAGCUGGGUAGGCUUUGAGUUGUUGGGGACUGCACAAGCCCUCGUGGUCCUCUUUGCAGGAAGCCACGAUUGAAGUUGUUCACAUAAUGUGUUUUCAGGGGAAGUCCUUCGCAGAUUUCCCAUAGCAAUUCUUUGCUGCCAGACCCGCACAGAGCUGGUUUGCUGACCAAUUCUCUUGCCUCUGUCUACAAACGUGCAGGGCUGAAGCUAGAACCAGAACUCAGAUUGAGAAAAGCUGUUCUGCAACCAGCUGUAACUGCUGCACACCUAAGGGAAGCCAGGGUUUGCUCUGACUGCAGCUGGGCUCAGACGAGCCAGGUGUGGCUAUUCCAUAGUCUGCCAUACUCAAACAAGUACAAGUGCCUUUUAGAGCUGCUGUUCUCUAGGAAAAGAGAAACAGAGCACACUGGAAGUAAAAACAAGUGAAUGGUGCUGGGAGGUUACUGAUGAUGACUGAGGCUUUGCUGCUGCUUGUAACUGGGAUGUAGAUUGUACGAUCAAGGAGGAUGUCUUCUGGUGUGAAACUUGAAAUGAUGUUAAUAUGUACACAAUAUAAAUUCUUUUCAGAAUGCUCUGCCAUCAGUUUUACUGAUAGGCCAUUAAAUCUUCAUGUUCUUUUAAAUGUCUUUACAACACUUUUUGAAAAGUUAAUUUUGGGUGUUUUGUAUUUAAUGCUCUAUUACCAUUAUAUAAAAUUAAAAGCAUUUAAAAUAAA